UGGAGUUUACGUCCAGGUUUAUCAGCACUUGGUUCACUCAAAGACAUACCAGUGGGAAGGCAGUCCAUACAAACCACACCAGCCUUCAAUUUCUCCUCGUCUUUCCUCGUCAAAGCUGCUUUUUUGUUAAAUCCACAGACUGUCUUGAGCUGGGUGAUAACAUGGCUCGGUCAGCUUUGGUCCUUGCUGUGUUGUCCGGUGUGUUUGCCGGUGUGUUUGCCGGAGUGUUUUUUAACCAGAAGCAGCCGUGCUAUGUCCGCUCACCGACGAGAAACGAGGUUGGGCUGAAGACUGCUCCUCGACCUCAUGAGUAUCUAAACAUUUCUGAUCUGCCAAAAUCCUGGGACUGGAGGAACAUCAAUGGUGCAAAUUAUGUGAGCACGACCCGCAACCAGCACAUUCCACAGUACUGUGGCUCCUGCUGGGCCCACGGCAGCACCAGUGCCAUGGCAGACCGCAUCAACAUUAAGCGCAAAGGAGCAUGGCCGUCUGCUUAUCUCUCCGUCCAGCACGUGAUCGACUGUGGUGAUGCCGGCAGUUGCCAUGGAGGGGAUCACAGUGGAGUUUGGCAGUACGCUAACACACAUGGGAUUCCUGACGAGACCUGCAACAACUACCAGGCUAAAGACCAGGACUGCAAGCCUUUCAAUGAAUGUGGCACCUGCACCACCUUUGGAGUGUGCAACAUUGUUAAGAACUACACCUUGUGGAAAGUGGGAGAUUUUGGCUCCAUCAGUGGGAGGGAGAAGAUGAUGGCAGAGCUCUACAAAGGAGGGCCAAUCAGCUGUGGGAUCAUGGCCACAGAUAAACUCGAUGCCUACACUGGAGGUAUCUACUCUGAAUAUCAGGAAGAUCCUGGCAUCAACCACAUCGUGUCAGUGGCGGGGUGGGGAGUCGAGGGCGGCGUUGAGUACUGGAUUGUACGUAACUCUUGGGGAGAACCAUGGGGUGAGAAAGGCUGGCUGAGGAUCGUGACCAGCGCCUACAAGGGAGGAAGUGGCAGCAAAUACAACCUGGCGUUGGAGGAGGACUGCAUGUACGGAGACCCAAUUGUCCCCAAAUCCUACGUGUAGGGACCAGCACCCCACAGUGUUGCUGCUCACCUUCAUGUGUCGUCCUAUAUCUGUCAGGGAGAACUUUAUGCACAAUGAUAAAAAGGGAAUGGGAUGUUUUUUUAGAGAUCUUGUGAGUGGUUUUAGGACACUCAAGCUGGAUACUAGACCUGCUUGAUUAAAUGCAGGUUGUCUGAUUUGUAUCACAUUGAAGCUGGUGAACGUCAUGAUUUAGUUUGAGAAACACAUCAAGCAGUUUGUGUGUGGCAGUUAUUCAAGCACUGAAGAGAAAUUACAGAGUAACGCAAAAGCUUCAUUUUAUAUGAUUGAGAGAGUAAAGAGGUUUUAGUAGUUUGUAUAGUUUAUUUUUCAAUGAAUAGACUCAUCCAAAGAACAGUGUUUAGAUGAUACUAUCAUUUUUUCUGCACUGAAGGAGACUGGAUGUUUUCAGUGCAUUAUGCAAAUGUUUUAAGUUUUGCGCUACGCUGGGAUCAAGGAUUUGAAAAUAAUCGACUUUAAGUGUGCCUUAUAUGACUUUCACUCGAGCAUAUCUUUUAUCAAUUUACUGUUUUUAAAAUGAACAAUCUACACAUCAUUCACUGUGCAAAAAUGUUCAUCUGUUUUCAAACUUUAAUAAAAACACUUGAAGUGUUUCUCCUCACAAAA